UUCCCAAAGGCUGAUGUGGCAGUCACACCUUCUGCAUUCCUCUGAUCUUCAAUAUAAAGUCCCGACCUCACUGAGACUUCGCUUUUGCGCCUCCCUUUUUCAUUUCUGUGGUUUCUGAGUGUUGUUUUGGGAUUUUGAAUAUGGGUGAGAAUAGGAUGACCGGCAAGGUGAAGUGGUUCGAUGACCAAAAGGGUUAUGGCUUCAUAUCCCCUGACGACGGCGGCGACGAUUUGUUUGUUCACCAAUCUUCCAUCCGUUCCGAGGGUUUCCGUAGCCUUGCUGAUGGUGAAGAGGUCGAGUACGUUGUCGAGUCUUCUGAAGGUCGCCCCAAGGCUGUUGAGGUCACGGGCCCCAACGGCAACCCUGUUCGUGGAUCAUCUAGAUCCGGACGCGGCGGCGGCGGUGGUAGCGGUUAUGGCGGUGGAUCCGGUGGUUAUGGUGGAGGAGGAAGGAGAAGCGGUUAUGGUGGAGGAGGCGGUGGUGGUGGUGGUGGAGGCGCCGGAUGUUAUAAGUGUGGUGAGAUGGGCCAUUUAGCACGGGAAUGUGGGCAGGGUGGCGGUGGCGGUGGCGGUGGAGGCAGAUAUGGCGGUGGCGGAGGCGGCGGUGCUUGUUACAACUGUGGAGGCUCUGGGCAUUUCGCUAGGGAUUGCCCCAACAGUGGUCGCUAAUUUUGAGGAGGGACUUAAAUGUGUCAUUCACAUCUCCUACGAUCCAUCCUUUUUUCCUCUUCCGCUACUGUUUCUGUCGGUUUCGUUAUUAUCGUAUGGUUUGCUUUUUAUGUUUUCCUUUUCCAGUUUAUGCAGGACGGUUUCUCUUAGUCAGUUUGCUGUUUUGUCUUUUUGGAUUUUGAAGUUGGCAAAUGGUUGUAAUGGGUGCUUUCGUAGUAGUCUUACAGUGAGGGUGGACAUUAGUGUCGAUGGGAAAACAACAAUGAAGAAGAAAAUGAUGUUAAAACUCACCGUCAUCAAGUGUUUAUAUCGAUAUCAUAUAAAUACAAACUGAUGGAUGAUGGUUUGGUUUCAA